UACAAGAAUCUAGAGCAGCAAACGAAAUUUUGUCUAGAAUGAAUAUUACAUCACUUUCUACAGGCCAAUCAGCUGCAAUAAUUGACUUCUCUGGUGGCAGAAAUCAGUAUAUAUUUCAGGUUGAGGCCCCUGUCUCAUCACUGGUAGAUGCAGUUAUGGAUGUUUUGAAUUAUCUUGGGUGGAACUACAUUAGUGUUGUGUACUCAACUGAGGAUGAUGAAUUUACAGCAGGAUACAGAUUGUUCCAGGCUGCUGCUACCAAAAAUGGAAUCUGCUUGGCACUGGAGGAAGGAUUAGCAGCUAACAUGAGCACAAUUGAUCACUUAACCGCCAGUAGCAUGUGCUCUGAGCUUGUGAAUCGGUUGGUUGGAGCUCGUGCUAGAGGUGCCCGUGCUGUACUGUUAUGGACUUACCCUGAGCACACACAAACUCUAAUGCAAGCUAUUGCUCAGGAAAUUUCUCAUGGAUCCCUACGCAGAGAAGACUUUUUCUGGCUGGUAGCAAGUCCUAAUGGACAAACAUCACAUAUUCUUCACAAGUUUGCAAAUGCUCUUGGUGGGGCACUCAUUUUUAGACCACAUCAUAGACCAAUACGAGAAUUUUUGCACCACCUGCAACAAAUUCUUCAUGGCGCUAAAGUAAGCAAGAAUCCUUGGUGGUUCAAAUAUCAAGAGGGCAUGAUGUGUAAUGAUCCAGAAUGCAAAAUGUUACUGGAGAUGGGGAGUUACCUAGAUUCUAACACAGUGCAAGCUGUAUACUCUAUUGGAACAGCUUUUGCAGCAAUGUUCUCUAAACUUUGCAGAAAUAGUUCUGCUACUGGUACAGAUAGUUCCUGUCUAAACAGAUACACCAGAUUGGAAUUACAGCAAAUAUUAAAUCAGGAACUACAUAAAUCUAGUGCCCAGAGAGCUGAUGGCUCAGUUAUUGAAGACUUCCGAUUCACAAGUUCUGGAAUGGGAAUUGUUCCAGUGGAAAUCUUGAAUUUGAAACGUAACUUUCAAUCUCAGGAUCACACGCUAGGAGAUGUUUAUUUUGAGAGAGUUGGUCACUUUCACAACAGUAAGCUGCAAAGUCUGAAACAUGUUCUGGCCUAUCGUGAUUCAGGGGAUGAGGUAAAAGUGACAUCACUGUCAUCACAGUGUAGUGCUCGUAGCAAUUGUCCUCACUGCAGAAGACGCUAUGAAAAUAUAUCACUGACUGACUGGGUAACCAUGAUGAAACCCAGACAAAAUACUGAAUAUGAAACAAGUCAAGAUGUUGUGUUAUAUAUAGCAGCAACCCUUAGUAUCCAUGAAGCCUCACAAAAUCCCCUGGAGUGUGGAGGAGAACUGAGUAGGCGAGGCAUAGAACAACUAGAAGCAUUUCUUUGGGCAAUUGAUCAGGUGAACCGCAAUAACUCUUAUCUCUCUUUAGCUGCCAUUGCUUUAGACACAUGUGGAAGCAUCAUUAAAACCUCAAGGGAUGUUUCAAAUCUUCUCAGCUACCAAGAAAGCAAUCUCUUUGAGAAUUUGAACAGUACAGACAUCAAUAUAAUUGCUUUGUUGGCUGGUGGGGACACAGAAUUGGCAGGAUCCGUGACAGAUGCUGUAGGCCACCUAGGAGUUGCUGUACUAGCACCACAGGCAGGUGGGCCACCUUCUCAGCGCAAGAGAUAUACCCCAUACCCACUUCAGCUUGCACCUUCUAAUGCUGUUCGGGCAGCCUCCAUUCUUGCCUUGAUUCAUCAUCUACAGUGGAACUGCUUUUCUGUUAUAUAUCAUCAAGAUGGAAUCGAACAUGAAGAUAUGUUCAGAUAUGUGGAAAAACAUAUUGCCUCAUCUCAACAGCUGGAGCUAACAUCAGGGAUUCCAAUCCCCCUUGCUUCCAUAAAUGUUACAUCGCUCAUAAACAAAUGUUUGAGAAGUCUCCGAGCACAGAACACAGAGGGGACCAGGAUAGUUGUACUUAUGUUGCCACAUGAAAUAGUUAAGCUUAUAUUCAGAACUGUGAAGACUUUGGAGGAGGAAGGACAGAUUCUACCUGGUGACUUUACAUGGAUCAUGUUUGGAUCAGAAAACUUUGAAUAUAGCCAGGAAUCAUCAGGAUCUAUAGUUCUGCAGCCCAAGGCUGGUAAAGUUCCUGAGUUUGAACACCAUUUCCAAAGACUUAGUUUGAGUUCCAAUUCGUGGAAUCCAUGGUUCUCUGAAUUCUGGUCCAGUGUUUUCCAUUGCAGGGGUUCCACCUGCUACAAUGAUCUGUUUCGUGAUCUCAGCAGUUACCAGUUGAUGGACAAUCCGUUGGUGGUAAAUACCAUUAACUCUGUUCUUGCUAUUUCACAUGCACUGGGAACUGUGAGAAGAGAGCUUUGUUCAGAUGGCAACAUAUGCAAAGCAAUGCAGGACAUUGCUAGAGUUCGCAGACGUCUGUUUGAAGUGGCCCCGCAUAUGGCAUUUGUUGGUGUUGGUCUCAGUGCUGUGGCAUUUUCUAGUUAUGGAGAAAAUUCACAUGCUGAUAUUGAGGUGUUGAAUGUCCAUCUUGUUGGAAAACAAGGUAAACCAAUUUCUGCAGGUUACAUAACUACAACAGGAAAGGUUCAACUUGAUCUCACAAAGAUGAAGUCAUAUGUGAUGGAUAACAGAACAGAAAUAUCUCUGCAAGAGUUACAUUCUGGGAGUCAAGGCACAUAUGGCUUAGAUAGUGAAAUGCCUCAUGUUGUAAAGAUUGGCACUACGGGAAUUAAGAAAUGGGCAUUAUCACUUCUUGGAGUUGCUUCUGUACAUCAGCAGGGGGUUGGACACUUUAGUUGUGGUAAACUUCAUCCAACAGCCAUGCUAUACAUAGCUGCCUUACACUAUGCCCUCAGUAUGGUCAACUAUAACGCGUCCAUGUUUCCAGGGAUUGAACUGGGACUUAUCCUCUUUGAUAGCUGUUCAAGACCUACCCAUGCUUAUAAUUCCAUCCAUAACUUUUUAUCAUUCCCCAGGCAAUCUCUCAAUGCAAUUACUGUAGGUGUGGAAAUGCUGCCAAGACCGACAGACAUUGUAGCUGCUGUUAUAUUAGACUCAGCAGUUGCAGAAGUAGUCACACCAUUACUGCAUGCACAAAACAUUACUCCAUUAGUAGUACCUGUUGAAAGAUUUGCAACUCAAAGAACACAGUUGUCUUCUGAAUCAAGUAAGGAAUCAUUUCUUUUGAGAGAAAACCUAAUUGAAGCAAUGAUAUCUGUUUCACGGGCCACUCAUUCACAUUCCAUAGUUGUAAUACAUGGAACAGCAGAUUGGGCUGAACUGUUGAAUCAGCAGUUGCAGACUUACUCACAGCAACACACUGAUUUAUUCUGCCUUGCUGGUGUCUAUGCUUUACACAGCAAGAACACUAAAGAGCUAAUAGGAGCCAUCAGUUCAAGUAACCUAAUGGCUACAGAUGACAUUACCAGAACUUUAAAACCUGGUACCAUGGCGGUCCUUCUUCUUGAAGACCCUGAAGAAAUUAGAGCAUUUUUGGAAAUUUGUCAACAUAUCAAUGGACUGGUAUUUCUAACAGUUCUUCGUCCUUGGAGUAUAAAUCCAUAUUCAGGUCCUACCGUAUUCACCUUACAUCAGGUUCCUGAUGUUGAAGAACCCAUUUUUGGAGACACAGCGAAAUUUCAAGAAUGGUUUACUUCCAAUGUUCUUUCAUCCAGAGACAUAAAAUCAGUACCUUUUCCAGCCACAUGGUUCCAUGAAUUUCAAACAUUCUACGGACAAGACAAUACAAGUCACAGAAUACAGAAGUUAUUCACUACAACAGACUUUACAUCAGGUAUUCAGGAAACUAUUAACUCAAUAUGGACCAUUACAAGACAAUUACACCAGUUCUUCAGUCAUCACUGUGCAAGUCAUUCUGAAAUGAAUACUUCUUCUGAGUGCUUCAAUUUAAGCAAAACAAAUAUUUCAAAAAUCAGGAGCUUCCUGCAAGAGGAACUACUUCACCUCUCCCCCAGGAUGAAGAAAUAUCGUUCUAACACUUUUAGCAUAUGGGUGAGAUCAGAGCGCAUUGCAACUUGGGAGAAAGGAAUUGGACUGACGAUCUCAAAUUCUGUGUAUUUUCAGAAUUAUCAGUCUUAUUGUAGCGGGAUUAACUGCACAGUUUGUGAUCAGAAUGGUGGAUAUUUCUCCAGAAAUCGCCAGACAGUCCAGUAUCCCUGGGCAUCAGCCCUAGGUGUACUGUCUCUAUUUGGAGCAUUCCUGACUGUACUGACAACAUUAUAUUUUUUGGCUGCAGCAGCUUUACCAAACAGCAACAUGUGUGGGGGAACUUCUGUGCUUGGUUAUCUCAUUCUGUUGGGUUUGCUUCUCUUAUUCACUGCAAACUUGAGCUUUGUGUUGACACCAACAGAAGCUACAUGUGGUGCACGCAGAUUUCUACUAGGACUUGCUUACACUGUGAUCUUUGCUGGAAUGUUACUUAAGGCUUUUACUACAUGGUGGAUCAACAGCAGUGCAGAACCUUUAAUGAAUAUGUUGACUCACUCAGCUGGACUGCUCACAUUGGCCUUAGCUCUGAUAAUGAUGCAGGUGCUGCUGGCAGGGGGUUGGCUGAUUUUGCUUCCUCCCCAAACCUACAUGCUUGUUUCUAAGGAUGUACCACUCUGGCGUUGCUACCCAAAUGGGCAUUUUGAGUCACAUCUGCUUCUGUCAAUGGUUUAUGUAAUAUUACUUGUUACUGCAACAGCUACUGUGGCACUUCUAUGUUGUUCAAGCUCUAAACUUGAUGUGGAUGAUGAAAAUUAUGUGUGUUAUGAAGCACGCUGCAUCCUCUUGGCAUCAAUUCUAGUAGCUGCAGUGUUUACAUUUUGGGGAAUUGUAACAGUGGCAAUGAUCACACCAAGGCAUGCUGACAUGGUAUCAGCAACUGCACAUCUGCUGGCUGCAAAAAUCCUCUUGCUGUGUUUGUAUGCACCAAAAGUAUACUUGUACAAUCACCUGCGGUCAGGAAAAUCCUCACCUCAAACAUCUUUGCAACAUUUCUAUGAAACCACAAAACAUUUCAGACCACAAACACUAAAAACUUUACCAGCAUUCAUCCCACCUCCUCCUAUUAUUAACAUGGAACUACCUCAAGUGGGAGAUGAUAAUGAGUCACUGGAGGAUCCAACACAGAUAGUUCCCAGUUCUCUCUACUCACUGGAUAUGUUUAGUCAGUCAUCCAGUAGUCGGAACAAUAUUUAUGAAGGAGAUGAUGAAAUUGGUGAACAUUGUGAAGCUGGUACCAAUGAAUUCAUAGCACCACAGAGCACUGUCAUACUAGUUGACAGGAAAGAAAUAGCUAAACAUGAAAGGAGACAUGCUUUUGGAUCCAUCUCUUCUACUACCAUGGCAGAAAGGUGGUUACGAUCCGGUUCUGUAUCUGGAAUAGAUGAAGCAUGUUACUCAUGAAAUGGAAACAAAGAAGUUAUAUUGUCAUGGCAUGUAUUAUAUUUCUCCUCCUUGAGAAAUGUUGCUGAUUUCAUGUUUGUUAUGUACAAGCAACAUGUAAGAUUUGAAACUUUUAUGGUGAACAAACAUACUAAGAUCCUUUCACUCAAUCUCAUCAACCCUGAUGGUGGAAACAAAGCAGAUCUCUAAAAUGUUACUUUUUAACUUAGCUUUGAUGCUGCCAAUCACCUGAGAGGAUUUUAUUGUAUGAGUAACAUGUUACUGAAGAGAAGAUCUUGCUGCUGGCUACACACUGCAAUUAAUAGGAGAAUGGAAAUAACUUCUUCCUGAAUCAUGUUCUUAUAAAUGGAAUGUUGGUUGUCUGUAUAAUUCAAUCCUCCAUUUAUUUUACUUAACAUCUGUUAAUGGGGGUAGAAAAGGAAUGAACUAGAAUUAGAGGAAACUUCCUUUCCUAGUAAUUCCCUGCUGAUUAUCCACAAAAUUUGAUUACUUGUUUCUUCUAUUAAAGAUAUAAUCCCAAAAUAGGUAUAAAAUAGUAAUUAAAAGAACCCCAUAUUUGUCACAGAAUUUCUGUGUAAGUACACUGCAUCUGUUUCCUGGUAAAUAAACUAUUAAUUGACUAUCCAAUCUAAUGAUAUUUUGCAGCCAUAAAAGCAGGUAAAACCACCCAACAGCACAUAUCCAGCAGUUCUAAAAGUUUGUCAAAUACAUGUAUCUGUGAAAGUUAUGAUAAAAACUAAAACAAAAAAGGAACUGGUGCAUAUUCUUGGACAUUUACCUUUGUCCAUCAUUUUAAAAGAUCACAACAUUUUGGAAGUUAGUUCUGCUUCCACUAUCAUGUCCUUAGAACAAAGUAAAUUCUCAAUCCCCAGACAACAGUGUUAUAAUCAAGGUAUAUAAACUUAAAAUGAUUAAAGAUCAAGUACAGGAGAUAAGAAAUUGUAUUUGCUACUAAGAAUUUUAUAUUAAAUCUCCUAACCAUAAAACAUCAAUAUUAUUUUUGAUAAAACUACAACCAAUAAAAAAUGAGAUAGGUGGUGGGGGCCAAGACUAAAGGUUAAACCAGAAACCUUUAGGCAAAUAUCAAAAAAGAACCUUUUCUAGUCAUGUCUGGCCACAUAUGUUUGAAGCAUUUCCAAUAAUAGAGGAGUGAAUGGGGAGGUAGGUGGAUGGAAACCAUGGUGGUUGUGGGUUAUAAGCAGGUAUACAAAAUUUUAUGGAGACAAACACCUUCUUUGUUUCCCUCCAGGCAAGUGGAUUAUAAUCACUUCAACAUUUUUCACAGUUAAUAAUUUGCAGUAAUUUUCUCAUUUGGUUCUGUAUAAUCUAUGCAGUUGAUGUUCUUAAACUAAGAAAAGUGCUUCCAGCAGCACUGUGAGAGACAUCAGAAAUAUUUCAGAUUAUGAAGGAUCAUUCCAUUCUGAUUAGCAUUUGAUUAUAUUUAAUUAACUCCAUGGAAUUGGGUCCUUAUUAAAAAUCAGAUAGUCAAGAAAUUCUCCACUCUUUAUGCAGCCCAAAGGUUCAUUACUGUAUUCACAAGAUGAAUCCAGGCCACAUCCUCACACCAUUUCUUUAAGCAUGCUUUCCUCAUCUAUCCCAUGCAUCGUACAUGCUCUGCUCAUCUCAUUCUCCAGAUUUAAUCAUUUUAGUAAUAUCUGUUAAAAAGAGUCAAAAUUAUAAAAAUCUUCAUUAUACAUUUUUCUCUUGCCUCCUGUUACUUCCUCUCUCCUAGGUUCAGAUAUUUUCCUCAGUGCCCUGUUCUCAAACACCAUCAACCUUGUUCUUCACUUAAGUUGAGAGACCAAGUUUUAAGUUUUACACUCAUGUAAAACAACAGUACAAAAUCACAGUGUUUAUAUGUUUUGAUCAUUAUAUUUCUAGAUAGGAGAUUUUAAGAUUUUAAAGAUUUUUAACUGAAUGGUAGCAAGUAGUCCCCAGGAACAUAAUCUGCUCUUAAUUUCUUGUGAAUGCUCUUAAUUUCUUGUGAAUGUAAUUUUGAUUCAUUAUUGUUGUUCCCAAAUAUUUUAACUUUAUGUCAUAUUUUUAAAAAACUUUAGUGAUAUUAGCUCUCCGUAUAUUAUGAUUUUAUCCUGCAUUCUGGUGAUGAGAGAAAUUAUUGGAUUAUAUUCAGAUGGACUAAAUGUUGCCAUGGCAACUCCCCCAUAUUCUCUCCUUCCUCUGAUGUCCCUGAGUUUAAUUAACAUUGGGCUGUUAUAUGUAAUUUAAAGUUAUUAAUUUGAAUUCUCCACAUUAAUUUUAUAAAUUUAUUGUAAUUAUAAUGAAUGCUAAUUGCAAAUUAUUUUUAACUUUCUUUAAUUAAGAUUAUUAGAUUUUCAUGAGGCAAUGCUACAAAACAUGUUUUAAGAGAUUGUAAAUAUUUUCUGCCCUUUGCAUUAUGUACAUGUUGUGUGUUGUGUGAAUCUUUGCUGUCUUUCAUUAAAUGAUUUAAAUACAUAAGUAAGAGUGACAGAAUUAGAAAUAACAAAAACAAAUAAUUCAAAUUAUUUUAUAGAUAGAAAUUUAAUACAAUUCAGUGUUAAAAAGAAGCCAAUUUAUAUCAGAAACUUAAUGGGUGUUACUGCUUCCCCUUAGGAGCGGAUUAUGACUUUCAAAUUAAACUACUGUGAUAGAAUCACAGUAAUAUUUGUACUGUAGGAUGUUAUUUUAUUAAGGAAGAAUGUCUUGUCAAAGAUUAAUCGGUGCGUAAACUUAAUUCAUAUUCAGUCUAUUAAAACAGAAUCACUUAACUCUGAGAUGUUUAUAAUUUUGUACUUUUAUACCAUGAUUUCAGAAUAUUGUUCUGCAAAUACAAGUAGUUAUAUUUAACAUUUUAUCUUAUUAGGUAUUCCACUCAUUAUUAUUUUGUACAUAUAUAAAACCAGAAGAAAUCUAUAUAUGUUGUGUUGUAUAUAGUGAUUCAUACCAAAUUCCAAGACUUGAAUUUCUGUUCUAGCACAUCAAAGCUAGUACAAAAGUGAUUUAAACAUAAAAAGUACACUUGUUGAAAAAAUGUUAAUUAUAGGAAUUUCUGUAUACAGUUUACUUUUCUUACACAGAUUUUAUUCAUUCAUGAAAACUACAUUUAUUUGUUUUAUGUAGUGAUGCAAUUGCAUUUAUAUUUCUCAUACCUGAUGACAAUACAUUUUUCUACAACCCAGAUGACAGUACACAAUAACUAACAUUAAGGUCUAAAAUGUUUUUAUGAUGUUUGUACUUAUGUAAAAUCUGCUUUUAUUUAUACAGAAAUGCAAGUAGGUUUGUUACAAGUUGCAUUAAUAAUAUGUUUUAAUACACUUUUCUUCACACAGUGACUAUUAAUAAAUUGAGGAAAUGUAUCCAUACAGAAAAUCUAAAACAAAAGUAUAUUCAUGAGCCAAAAUAGUUCAGCACUAAAGUGACUAGCACAAAAGAUCAGGAAAUGAUUGGUUAGGUGCCCACCAUAUUUACAUUUGUUCAUUAAAAGUGGCUGACUAUAAGCAGGACAAACCUGGGCUCAGUUCCUGGUAAGGGUAAGGAUUAUUUUCUUUGCCACCAUGUCUAUACCAGCUCUUGGGCCCUUCUAGCCUCCUGUCUAAUGGCUAUUUCAUUGUAAAUAACCUAGAACUUUUACAAACAAAUUCAUCUAUACACAGUGUUAACACAUGAAAUAAGUACCAUCUUCAUAGACCAAUUGCCAGCCUAUUCAUGUUUUCAGAAAGGUGCUCACUGUGCUAGAAUGAAAAUCUUCAAUAGUCUCCCACCUAGCCUCAAAACUAUUUUGGAUGAAAAGAAGACACUUAAUGUAUCAUUAAAAAGAUGUCUAAAUGCACACAUCUUGUAUUUCGUUGAUGAAUUUCUGCUGUUAAAAGAGGAUUCAUAAUCCUUUUAUGUGUUCGAUUUGAGGUUUUCAUGGUGGUGAGUCUAAAAAUGGCUGUCUUCUGGGUUGUUAUCACUCUGAUGAUGGAGGCAGCAAGGACCUCUGAAACACUGGUAAACUUAUACCAGAUUACAUGGCGCUACAACCCAGAAGACAGCCAUCUUCUUUUACGGGUUAUUGUACUUACAUAGUCUGCUGUAUAACAGUGGAUUUAGUUUAAUAUUUUUAUGCUAAACCUUUAUUAUUGUGAAACAAAUUAAUGUUUCAAAUUGAGCUUAUUUGUAUGUUUUGUGCUUUAUGAUUUAUUCCACAUCAUAUAGUCAGUCUAACUUUUGGUUCCAUGGAGUGUAUACAUGUAUGUACAUACCAGGGAUAAAGCUGCCUUGAGCUGAUUAUUCCCAGUGAAUGUCAAGUUUAAGAGUGCAUUACCUCCACUCCCACUGUAUGCGUUCAUGACAUGGUACUUAGACACAAGGACAACUGACCCCUCACAUAAUAUCUAUGCAAAUGAUGCAAACCAUCUGUUGGCUUACUACAGUGAUGUGGAUGUUAAGAUAAGUCCUUAGCUUUUGUGUUCUUUUGCCAAUUUUCUCCAAAGCUAAAUUUGUAUUCUAAAUUUGCCUUUGGUCAGUAGUCUUCCCUCUGCAUGGUAUUCCAGAAACAUUCCAGAUCCUUUUGGGGCCAUGUUUCAUUGAGGAAAGUAGAGAGCCUAAAUCCCAUUUAUCAGUGUGUCAGAGCCCACACGGGCACAUUUUGAGAGUCACAACAAAAGCAUAUUGUUGAAAAUCUCAAGAAAGGAUAUGAUGACUUUUAGCAAUGUCCCAUGCUUCUAUUAUCACACUAGUUCAGCUACUGGACAUGUAGAGCAGAUGACAUGUAUGAUAUGGUAGUUGGAAUAAAAAUUCUCCCAGAUGAAAGCCA